AUGUCCAGUGUUGGAGGAGAUACAGGACCCGUGCAGUGUGACUGUCCCCAGCUCGGAGCGGACGCGGAAGUGAUGGUGCUGAUGGCGGCAGAAAAGGAGCACAUUGCCAGAAUCCUGCGGACAAUUUCAGACAGCGGCAACUGUAGGAGCGCAGAACUGUGCAGCCUGACAUUAAAAAAGCUGACUGUACUCAAAGAACUUGACAAGGAUCUUAACUCUGUGGUAAUUGCUGUGAAAAUCCAGGGCUCGAAGCGAAUCCUAAGAUCGAAUGAAUAUCUUCUCCCCCCAGGUGGCCUGAUGGAGACCGAGUUAGAGCUCACCUUUUCCUUGCAGUAUCCCCACUUCCUCAAGAGAGAUGCAAACAAACUACAGAUAAUGCUACAGAGGAGGAAAAGAUACAAAAACCGGACAAUUCUGGGUUACAAGACGCUGGCACUGGGGGCAAUCGAUAUGGCGGAGGUCAUGCAGCAUCCCACAGAUGGGGGACAAGUACUUGGACUACACUCCAACAUGAAAGAUUCUUCAGUGCGGGUUGCUGAUAUCAGUAUCUACUCUCUCUCCAGCCAGCCAAUUGACCAUGAGGAUAGCAAUGUACAAACAGGGCCUAAGACAAAAGCCUCAGAUCGAUCUCCAGACAUUGAUAAUUACUCUGAGGAUGAAGACGACAGUUUUUCCUCAGAACAGGAAGGCAGUGAUGAUGCAGUUCCCAGCCAGGAUCUUUAUGAUGAAGAUGAUGAGCUGAGAAAAACUAAGAAGACCCGACGGAAAAUGAUCCGGACAACCUCAAUGACACGGCAACCAAACUUUAAACAGAAAUUCGUUGCCUUGCUGAAGAGAUUCAAAGUAACUGAUGAGGUGCUGGAUUCUGAUCCUGUGGACCAGACCCAGGAAGCAGAGGAGGACCUUGAUCUACUGUAUGAAAGCCUGGAAGUUUACAAUCCUAGUGACAGUGGCCCGGAAAUGGAGGACAAUGAAAGUGUUCUCAGCACACCAAAGCCUAAACUAAAGCCAUUCUUUGAAGGGAUGUCACAUUCCAGCUCACAGACUGAGAUCGUCAGCCUGCUCAAUCACAGGAGCCAAACACGGGAACAGCCAAGUCCAGCAGAACUCUGUUCAGCAGAGAACAAGAACGUGAGCAGCACCAGUCUGCAGGAGGAGACAACCACUGAGGCUGUAUCCCUGGAUUUGGAGGAGGAAGAGACGAUAGCUGGAGACUGGAAUAACUUGGAAGCAUCUCUGGAGAAACUACCACCAUUAGCGAAAAUCACAAAAACCGAAUCACAGGUUAUUGUAUCUCCUAGUAAGUCUGAAAGUAGACAGCUACGACGACCCAGGAGCACUUCACUGAAGGAUCGCCACAACUCAAAGACACAAGGUGACAGAGCCAGCAGUUUCGACAGCGAGUGCUUGCCAGACUCCAGAUUCAACACUCAGGUCCCUCGGAAGUCUGUUUAUGAUCAACUGAAUCAGAUCCUAAUUUCAGAUGACCAGCUGCCAGAGAGCAUUAUCCUGGUGAACAUUACAGACUGGCAGGGACAGGCAAGCAUACCAAACGCCAAACACAAGAUGUCUUGGAAGAACAGACGGGAGCCAAUGGCAAAAGCAGGCUCUCAUCCUCUCGCAAAAUACUUGGCAUCGGUUGACAACAAGUACAACAGCUCCUUCAUGGACUCUGCAUGGAGGGACCUCUUCAGCAAGUCGGAGCCUCCAACUGCAGAAACUUUUGACAUCAUCGGCCGAAUCAUGCAGUAUGUGUCUGGUGCCAACAUGUCACAUCAGCUGCCAAUAUCUGAGGCCAUGUUGACCUACAAACAGAAGAGCCCCGAUGAGGAUUCCUGCCAGAAAUUCAUCCCCUUCGUUGGUGUGGUCAAAGUGGGCAUCGUGGAACAAUCCCUCUCAGCAUCAGUGGACUCGGAUGAUGCCACUUUGUGUAAUGUUGGUAUCUUGUCUCCAACACCAACGUCUAGCAGCACAGCCUACACAAAGGAUAUGAAUGCCACCCCACCACCUUCUCCAUCUGUCUCAGGAGUCUUGUCUGGAGCUUGCUCGCCAGGGACUGGAGUUGAAGUGAUGGGCCUGCAGGUUGAUUACUGGACAACACAGCUGCCCGAUAAGAAAAGAGAUGGUGAUAAACGGGACAUUGGCAACAAGAACACCCUGAAGAGCAACUUCCGGUCCCUACAAGUGACCCGGCUACCUAAUGGUGGAGAGAUGGUACCACCAGCUACCAUGCUGAUGACGGUGGUAACCAAGGAGAAGAAUAAGAAAGUGAUGUUUUUAAGUAAGAAACCAAGGGAGAAAGAGCUGGACUCUAAGAGCCAAGUUAUUGAAGGAAUCAGCAGAUUAAUCUGUACUGCUAAACAUCAGCAGACCAUGCUCAAAGUCUCCAUCGAUGGAGUCGAAUGGAAUGAUGUCAAGUUCUUUCAGCUGGCUGCACAAUGGCCCACUCAUGUGAAGUACUUCCCUGUAGGAAUAUUCGGCUACUCAAAGACUGCGUGAUAGUUGGGAUCAGACUCUGGGCAGUGCUGCCUGACCUUUACCUGUGGAAUAACUUCAAUUCUGGCACUCACCUGGUGGGUUUUUUUAAUUUAAAAGCCAGAGAGAACAUUUGACACUUUUUUUUUAAUUUAAGAGCUACAUGAUUCAGCGUGGAUCACAGACUGUGAGGGCCAGGGCCAGCUAAUCCUUACAGAUGCACUUUCCAGAACAUUGUUGUCUACCUGAAUUCAUAACUUUGAAAUAAAGAAAAAAAAACAGGAAGAAAGCUCCUGGAGUAAAA